AUGACUCGCUUUUCAUUUGGGGAUGAAGAAUUUAUAGAAGAAGAGGAAAAGGAAUUUGUGAAUGACGUAUCCAAGUCGAUUCUUGAUGAUGAAGAAAUUACAGAAGAAGAAGAGUUUGAAGUUGACAUAUCUGAGAAUUCGGAAACAAGAACAAGAACAGAGUUUGCUCCUAGUAUGGAUAUUGAUCCGCAACAGCCGCCUCAUAUUCCAAGUGGAACAAUCGAUGAAGUUGAUACGUAUGGCUAUGGUGAUGAAGAAGAUGAAGAAAUAAAUGAAGAGGAGGAGGAAGAGAACUAUAAUGAGUUGGUGGAUCAUCAAGACAUGUCUGAAUACUUGGAAACAAGAACAUAUUAUUAUGAUCUUGUUAUGGAUAUAGAUGUUAAUGAAGGUGAUCCAAAUGUUGAUAAUGAGGAACAAGAAAUAUGUGUUAUUUGUUUACUUGAAUAUAAAGAUGAAAACACCAUUGGCACACUACAAUGUGGCCAUAAAUUUCAUGCUGAAUGCAUCAAGAAGUGGUCACAGAGGAAAAAUUCAUGUCCCUUUUGUAGAGCUUCAGUUUUGCCCCUACAUUAG